GGAGURGGUCGGCUGUCGGCUGGUCCUGGGCUGGUCGUUGUUCAGGACUGGUUCAGAUUCAGAUUGUUCUGUCCGGCGUCCUUGCAAACAAAAUUCUUSACAGCUUGUCCAUAGAUUUAGCGUCGCUGCUACGGUAGUAUGGAUCGUACUCGUACCGGUACGUACCUUCUGACAACCCCCAUCACUAUCUCGAUCUUUCGAUGUUCGUACCUUACGUGCAAUGCCCGURAUUCGUAUCGACUGGAGUGUCCGCAUCCCAAUCUUACAUUAUCGACCACACAUCAUUUCCRGGUGUCUUCCCCAACAACACCGUUGUUACUACCACCAUGAUGCGAAUCGAAAAGUGGAAGAGCGAUAUUGAWGACAAAGGGACGAUGGCACGAACAACGUUGCCAAUUUGAGUCCGAGUCGGCUUCGCGAGGUACAAAGGUAAGCGCGAGCCCUACCGGCAUUGGUGCAUUCGUUGCGGUGGUGGUGUUCGCAGGCAGGUGCUGUCUCGCCCAUGCCGUGCCUUYUUUGCAACGGAACCACCGGUGCAAAGCAAAAGAGACCAACGGCUGCAAGUAUUAGAGUCGCCUUCCUGAAUUUUUCUUCCGUUUCAGAGAACGGUGCUAUCUUCGGCCAACACGAACGUCAAGGGAGGAGGCACGUGGAUUCGGCACCCGUGUGCAUUAGUUUGUCGCGGGGGUCGGGCUGAAGCGUCUGCCGAAUCUGGAUCUACUACAGUUUCAAUUCAAUACCGGGGGACGGUUUGUCCACGAAACCGAAUGGAAGGGAAUGGAACGGAUCUAUACUCACCCAAUCCUUGUUCCGUUUCCUCAAACAGAAUUCGAUCCMAUUCCGUUGUGUCAGAGCCGCUGAAAGAACCCCGCACAACCGACACAAUGUCAUUUCUUUGCAAGUAAGCUUUGGCAGGUGAAGUUGAUCGCCCCUCUGUUCUGCAAUCCACCCAAAACUUCGAGUGGGCCGUCGUAUUCCGAUUCGGGAACAAAGCUCCCCCCCCCAAAACGAAAGUCUUUGCCACAACCCAGGUAUGCCGUUAUGCAGUUUCUUUGUAACCAGAGCAGUUACAGAUCCGUUAGAUGCAUUCAAUGCACUGGGCUAUGAAUCGAAGAAUGGCAACGAUGGAUGCUCACCACUCUGGGAGCCAGCCAAGUCAAGCACAUCCACGGUAGGCCAACAGAGAAAAAGAAACCUCUCAUUUGUCCCGUAAUGCACACAGUUACAAAGAAGACAUCUUUUGCUUUCAUUGCCAUAGGAAUCGCAUAAACCUUAAUACUGUGU